CGGCCGAGCUGAACCAAUUUAAAUGUACUUGUUUACUUUGUUUCUUGGCUUUCUUGCACUCGCUUUGCCGGUUUUGCGGUUAGCAAAGGGAGUCCAGUGAUAAACUGCUUGCAUACCUCUGAUAAGCUGUAGGGCUCGAACUCUUCGCACUUGUCCGCUGCCGUCCUUUGAACCAGCUCGCAAUGCCUACCUUUACGAUCAGCACCAACAUUCCGGCCAGCAAAGUUCCCGAUGACUUUCUGCAGACAACUGCCGAACUCGUCGCACGUUCACUGGGAAAGCCACUCUCGUAUGUGGUCGUCCACAUCAGCACGGAUCAAAAAAUGUCUUUCGGCGGCAGCACCGAACCGUGUGCCAUUGCGAACCUGUACAGCAUCGGGUGCCUUGGAGAUGCCGAAAAUAAGAAGCAUUCAGCUGCCCUCUUCAAGCAUGUCGAGAAAACACUGGGCAUCAAGGGUGACAGGAUGUACAUCAACUUUUUCGAUAUGCCUGCAACAGAUGUAGGCUACAAUGGGAAGACAUUUGGUUGAUUUGCAGCAGUUGCUUCUCUCCCUGCAAUGAUGCACAUGCAGAAUAUUUUGUUCUUGGUGGCGGUAUAAUUUUGUAUUAAAUAAAGAGAAAUAAAGAAACCAUUUGGUCUUUA